AUGGCCGACGCAGGCUUGACCGUUCUUGAUGGUUCACAGCUGCGAUCCAUCGACCUCUCUCUGCCGUUUUCUACCGGCUCUGUCACCGGAGCUCAGGUGCUCGAACUCGCAGAAUCGAGAGCUUCCUCAUCGCUGUUUGGCCUCGCAUUACCGGAAAAUCUCAUGUCCGACGCUCUCAAACGCCUCAACAUCGACGCCGCCGCUUUCCGACGUGCAGAACUUGACGAGGAUCAGGCUGCUUCUAAGCUGAAAGAUUUCAUCACUGCGGUCGCCGAUGGGCUCAAAGUACAUCCAUGCGUAAGAUCUUCUGAUGGACUUGAAUCUUCAUUGAGCUGCACUGCUGACUUGGCUGUUUUGUUGGAGCUACAGGCUUGGCCCUUAGGAAUCUCUGUCCCUAGGGUACAGCUAGAGAAGGAUGCAGGGGACGACCGUCCUCUAGAUGAUCCCCUUGUUGUUGCCAUUUUGGAUGGAAAAACACUAAGGCUGUUUUUGGAAGAUGAAGAUGAUUUUGCGAUGCUAGCAGAGAAUCUCUUCACUGACUUAGAUGGAGAAGAUAAGGGAAAGAUUGGACGGAAUGAGAUGCGAAGUGCUCUUGUUCAUAUGGGUGUUGAAAUGGGCAUUCCUCCUUUUGCAGAAUUCCCUCAACUAGUUGAUAUCUUAAAGAAACAUGUAGCUGAGGGGGAUGAAGAAUUGGGGCAAGCACAAUUUGCUCAAUUGCUACAGCCGAUUCUGCAGGAAUUGGCAGAUGCCCUGGCUGAAAAGCAUGCUGUUGUCAUCCAGAACAUCAAGGUCAAUAAUGGUUCUCAGCUAAGAAAGCUUCUGGCCAAUGAAAAGCUACUGGACGACACAGUAGAGAGGAUAAUGCGUAAGCAUCAUCAAAAGAAUGAGCAAAGGAGUACAGACAUAAUUAGGAAGUUUCUUGAGAUAAAUGGGAAGGAGUUGGGGUUACCGCCCUUACAAGAUGAUGAAGUGGUGAUUCUUCUCUAUGAUGCAAUAUUUGCCGAUAUAAAUAAUGGAAAGCUUGCUGCAGUAUCAGAGAAGAAUGACUUUGUGGUACUUCUGAAGGAGAUCCUUGAGAAAUUUGCAGAGCAGCUUGAAGCCAGUCCAGUUUUUCAUGAUCUUGACAAUUAG